CAAUGGAUUGAAUUGAAAUUCGGUAACUAUAGAAACAGAAAAGCAGAAAAUCUGGUUUGUUUUCUAUUUUGAGGUUAGAAGAAGAGUAGAAGAUGAAAAAAAAGAAUUUGUCUCAAUCAAAGUUCGUUGACGUGUUGAUGUUUUAAUUGAUCGAAAUGAUUAUGGUCUCUUUAUGCUCCAAGAAAUUGUUUCUUCUUUCAUCUCGUUCAAUAUUGUCGAGAAUCUGUAGUCCCUCUUGUUCAUCUUCAUCUUGUUUCUCUUCUCUGGUGAGAGAAAAGGAAAAAGAAAAAGAAAUUGUGUCUCCUUUGAAAUUGGUGGAAAAUGAUCUUCGUAAUUUGUAUUCGGACAUUCGGAAGGAAUUGUGGACCGAGAAACCGGAACUGGAAGAAAUCGCUUGUUAUUAUUUCGAUGGUGAAGGGAAAGCGUUUCGACCCAUGAUCGUGGUGUUGGUGGCUCGAGCUCUCAACUACCAUGUCUCUGGAAGAUCAGAUUUAUUGGAAUGUCAGAAAAACGUUGCAAUGGCCACCGAAAUGAUUCACACCGCAUCUUUGGUCCAUGAUGAUGUGAUCGACACAGCCGAUGUCCGCGGCAAAGCUUCAGUGAAUGUUUUAUGGGGCCAAAAGAAGGCCAUUCUCGCUGGUGAUUACAUUUUGUCUCGAUCAUCUCAGAUGUUGGCUCGUCUUCGCAAUGAGCAAGUGAUCUUUGUCCUUUCUCAAGUGCUGCUUGACCUGGUUCAAGGUGAAUUCAUGCAAAUGGGAUCAAAAGGAAAAGAAGACGAUUCUCGAGAGAGAUUCAGUGACUACAUUCACAAGAGCUUCAAAAAAACAGCUUCGCUGAUUGCGUACACUUGUAAAGCUGUUGCGCUGCUUUCGGGGGCAGACACGCGUUGCCAAGAAGCCGCUUUUCAGUAUGGCCGAAACUUGGGAAUAGCUUUUCAAUUGGUGGACGAUCUUUUGGAUUUUGUUUCCAGUCAAUCGGAACUCGGGAAACCAGCGGCAGCCGAUCUGAGGCUGGGCCUCGCCACGGCUCCAGUUUUGUUUGCGAGUGAAAAGUUUCCCCAAUUGAAUGUGAUGAUAGAACGACGAUUCUGUGAACCCAAUGAUGUCCAGGCCGCUUAUGCCUUUGUCAUGGAAUCCGAUGGACUACAAUCAACCAGAAUUCUGGCCAAACAACAUGCAGACGAAGCUCUAAGAUACAUUGAUCCAUUUAUCGAUUGCCCGGAGAAAAGGGCGCUAAUUGAACUCGCGAAAAUGACACUUGAGAGGAAAAAAUAAUCUAAUCAAAUCAUCGAAAUGAAAACUGUGCCAAAAAAGAUCCCGUUUUUUAUCACCUAAAUCUCCUGAUUAACUGAUUAAUCGUUAAGUUCACAUGAACACCACCAAUGAAAAUCUUUCGAAAUCAAAUUAUUUUUCUAAUCUACAAGUUAAUCUCAUUGUUUCUAAUAGAAAUUGCGAAACUUUUCAAUUGUUAUCAAUCAGAAAACUAAUCAACGAUUGAUCAUUUUGUUUACAUCUUUAUAAACUAAAUCCCGAAUCCUUUUCUAUUACCCUCAUCCAAACUGGUUGCAAUUAAUUGUGAUUCCAACAGUUAAUGUUAUUUUCAUUGAUUAUUAAGAUCUGAUCAGGUCAAGGGCACUUAUUUGAUUAAUAGUUACAAAUGAGUUCACUUGAAAUACUGGUUUCUAAAUACAAGUUACCAAUUUAAAUUUAAUAAUAAGAUGAUCAAUAAAUAGUUUUAUCCAUUUUCAUUAACUUAA